AUGAUGUCGUCCGGUCCUAUCGAACCGUCCGAUGUCAUUCUGAACAGCUCGUACCCUAAUCCGAUCGUCGUAAGUGCUAAAACUGUACGAAAUCAAAAUAAUCUGGAAAAUCUUCCAGGUUCCGUUGGAUUUCGUUGAUAAGCAGUCACGGCCCUCACGAGAUGAGUUGAAUAUUGACGAAAGUGGCCUGUACAUGAUGUCACAAGCAUUGGUAAAUCGUAAUUUUUUAAAUUUUUAUCUGAAAAGAAAAUUUUAGGAGAAGUUCAUGAGGCGAAUGAUUCAGGAGGCGACGAAAAACGGAACUCUGGAGCUGAACUACGACACGAUUGCGGAGUUCAUUGCUCAAUCCGAAUUCAGAGCUCUCAAAGGUGAGCACAUUCACAUUCUCUUCAAAACUUGUCGACUCCUCCCAGAUUUCUUCCCGCAACGAAUGGAAUUCGGCGACAUUAUGGAGCAAAUCGGAAGAAAUGCACAGACAACGUCUUCAGCGACGAAGCAAUAA